AUGGCAUCGUGCCUUUAUGAAUGCCUUUGUGAAGCAGAACUUGAAAAAUAUUAUCCCCACUUUACUGCCUUUGGUCUUCAGAAAAUUGAUGAGCUUGCCGAGGUUUCCAUGGAAGAUUACACCAAACUGGGGGUCCAUGAUGCAAAUGACCGCAAACGUCUUUUCCAGCUCAUUAGAAUAAUCAAAAUUACACUGCAAGAAGGCACUGCAGACUUAAGCAAGGAGGAUUUUCAACCACGUGGCCUUUUCGUGCAGCCUCAGGUGACUAAGUCAGGACCCCGUAGACAGCUGCGUUUCGAGUCCUUUUGUGCAGAAGAUGAUGGAGCAGCUAAAGACACUAAAUCUGAAUUGUGUCAGUCACCCAAUUUCAGUGCCAAUGAAGAGAAGGACAGUGUAGGGGAAGACAUUCCACCACACGAUUCAGAGCCGAUCAGAUUAACUAGAAGAGACGUAAAUAUUCCUGGAAUAGGUACAAAAAAUGACCUGAGCUGUCCAACAGUUUCUGAUGAUAUUGCCCCUCUCCUGGGCGAUUCUGAAGUUCCUAUUGUACAAAGAGUGACUCAUAUUUCAGGGUACAAUUAUGGACUACCUCAUUCCUGUAUCAGAUCCAAUACUUUCGACAAAGAGACUCCAUGGACAGAGAGUGAAAAAAUCAGAGUGUGUGUCCGAAAACGUCCUCUCUGCCUGAGGGAGGAGAGACGUGGGGAGGCCAAUAUAAUCACAGUGCAAGAUCAGGAAACCCUGCUUCUCCACGAGAAGAAGGAGGCUGUUGAUCUUACACAAUACAUUUUACAGCAUGUUUUUUAUUUUGAUGAAGUCUUUGAGGAGUCAUGUACCAAUCAGGAUGUGUACAUGAAGACAGCUUAUCCUCUCAUUCAGCAUAUUUUAAACGGAGGCAAUGCAACUUGCUUUGCAUACGGGCAGACUGGUGCUGGCAAGACUUACACCAUGAUAGGGAAUCACCGGAACCCAGGACUCUAUGCCCUGGCUGCUCAGGACAUCUUUAGGCACCUGGAAGCAUCACCAUCCAGAAAAGAUCUUGGUGUUCUGAUCAGUUUUUAUGAGAUCUACUGUGGACAUCUUUAUGACCUGCUAAAUGGAAGGAAAAGGCUUUAUGCAAGAGAAGAUGGCAAGCAUGUUGUUCAGAUAGUUGGACUGCGGGAGGUUCAGGUGGAUUCUGUAGAUCAGCUGUUGGAGGUGAUUUUGAAGGGGGGAAAAGAACGUAGCACAGGAGUUACUGCAGUCAACUCAGAUUCCUCUCGGUCUCAUGCCAUCAUCCAAAUUCAAAUUAAAGACACAACCAACAGGGCAUUUGGAAGGAUAUCAUUCAUUGACUUGGCUGGCAGUGAAAGAGCAGCUGAUGCCAAAGAAUCGAAUCGACAAACAAAAAUGGAAGGAGCAGAAAUAAAUCAAAGUCUUUUGGCACUAAAGGAAUGCAUUCGGGCGUUGGAUCAGGAACAAGUGCAUACUCCUUUCCGGCAAAGCAAGUUAACUCAGGUGCUAAAAGACUCUUUCAUUGGCAAUUCCAAGACAUGUAUGAUAGCCAAUGUUUCACCGAGCCACCUAGCUGCAGAGCACACCCUGAACACUCUGCGAUAUGCUGACAGGGUCAAAGAGCUGAAGAAAGGGACUAGAUAUCCUACCCCUGUCACAAAAAGGCGUCGCAAAGCUGGAAAUGUAUCUCCAAAAAAUAUCCAAGGCACACCCUUUUUGCCGCCUGGGGAAAAGAGCUCUCCAAAGAAAGUGAAGCUAGGCCUACAGCAUCCCUCAAGUGCUACAAAACCAAAGGCAUAUCCUGCAACACUCCAGCCACCUGGUGUCCCUCUUACCUCUACCCCCAAGGGAACUGACAAAGAACAUGCCUACACAGGAAAUACCAGCAGUCCCUGCUUCCACCACACCACCCCAGUUAAGGGAGUCCUACAAAUAACACAUUCCCUGAAGAAAAAUUAUCUAUCCCCCCUCUCUGAAAAGAGCUCCUCAGUGGAGGAUUUCAUUGCCACAGCAGAAACAGAAGAGAGUGGCCAGCAAGACAAGUAUAUGCAAAACAGAACGCCUGUCCAGUGCCUGAAAGUCCAGACAGUGCAACCUCUUCAGAAACAACUUGUUCCUAGUGAAGAUAAUUCCUUUGGAGAUGGCAAUCUGCCCUCCAACAGCGAACAGGAAUGGGGAAAUACUUUUGCUAAACAGUCUGUUGAACCGUGGAUGUAUCUGCCUUCAUAUCAGAAGGAAAGGGAAGAGCAUUUACGUCUUUAUCACCAGCAGUUUCAGCAACCCCCUAUUCUAAAGCAAAAAUUGAACUAUCAACCCCUUGAGAGGUUUUUAGUGCAGUACAAGCCCGAGGAGAUUCAAGUGAAGCAGGAGCUGAGCCUUACUCCAACUGAAGGGCAGAGCAAAGAGUGGGUACAGCUGGAGGAUCUAGAUGACAGUGAUUUCAGUGAAGAUUCUUUCUCACCUGUCUGUAGUCAAAAGAGUGUGAAAAAAGGAAAUAGCAACAAAUCCAGUCAACAUUCAUUUUUCCUUCAUGAAAGAGAGCAAGGAACCGAAGAAGAGCAAAAAGGCCAAAAGCGGCAGGAUUUAUUUUUUGAAUAUGCAACACCCAUGGAAGAUCAUGGAUUAGACGACAGCUGGGAUUGUAGUGAGGGUAGCUCAGAGGCAGAGGAAUCCACUAAAAAUUCAGGCUGCAGCAAAACUCCUGCAGACUGGAGCCAUGAUUUAGCUGUUGAAUUCCCUCCAAGCAAUACUGCAGAAAAACCUUACUGCCUGCAGGAAGAUCCUGCUUGCAGCUGGAGAAAUGGCAAGGACUUCCUAGCUGAUCACAAAGAGUACAAGUCCAAACAAAGAAGCCUUGUUUACUCCAGUGAAGCUACCUUAACUCCAGAAAAGGAUACUUCAACCCCGUAUGUAUCUCCUGUAUUGAAAUCAGGAACUCCAGAGUGCAAAGAGUUUGAUCUCCAGCAUGAGGAGAUGGAAGAAUCCACUUUGGCUAAAAAGGCUGGCCUUACAGGAGGAGGUGUAAAAUGGAAAGCUCGAAAAAAUGGAGUCAGCCACACUGUUUCUUCCAGCUGUUCCUCAGAAUUCACCUCCGAGCUCACGACCCCACUCCUGGUGUCGCCUCCUGAUGGUGAGGACACAACUGAAACAGAGAAAGCGUCUUCCAACCAAGAGAAGCCCCAUGGUGAGAAGCAAGUGCUGGACAAUGACACCCAGAGCAGGUUUGAGGAUGAGGACUGGCAGUGCACCAGGAGCAGAUCUCUGACUGACAGCAUGCUGGAGCUGGCAGAGCACCUUGGCCACGGGGGAAGCCUCUGUGCCCUGCUGGGCUCCUCUCAAGACACCAGCAAGAAGCUCCCACCCACCUGUGGCCGUGUGAAGCCAUGCUGCUGCCACCUGGGAUCAGUUUUAUCCAAGCAGGGAGUCCGGCGCAGUUUGUUUGUUGGACGUGACCCGACAGAAACAUCUGCAGCUGGAUCCACAGCUGGAUCUGCUGUCGCCAGGCCAGAGAGAGAGGGUGGGGGGCUUUGCAGUGACUCCCCCUUCAAAGAACACUCAGGAGGCAGACGGUGUGGUGCUGAUGUUAAUCAGCAUAACAAUGCUGGUAAUUCAGGGAAGUCUAACUCAAGUCAAGGGCCCCGUGCUGAGGAAAUAAAUGCUGAAAAGAGCUGUGAGAGCUGUGCAUCCCAGUCCCCCUCUCAGGAGAGCUGCUGGCAGCUGCAGCCCAAGCCAGGACUGAGGAAUGAGGACCUCACCCAUUUUGAAGACCCUGCCAAGUCAUCGUUUGGCAAUGAGGAGACAGUGUUGCUGAAAAACAAGUCAAAGCAGAGUAUUUUUACACAAGAGACUUUUGCUGCAGAUGCAGGAUUUGCAACCAAAGAUAAUAAGCCAAUAGCAAAUGCAAAGUGCCCCUCACACGUGUCCAGCAGCAGUUCUCCAAGUGCUGCAUCAGAGAUGGGAAAAUGGCAGAGAGAAGCCCUAGAAAAGGCACAAAAGACUGUAAUUCGUGCUCAUCAGCAGCAGCUGGAUGAACUGGCACACCUGUGCUUCAAAGAGGAGUGCUUGAUAAAUCAGAUGUCAGCAAUGGAUUUUCAGAAUUUCAUGGCCAUGCUGGAUGAAAUCUUGGUGCUGAAGUCAAAGUGUGUCCAAACAAUGCGAGCCCAGCUUCAGCUCUGUUCCGUCUCCCCUGGCACUGAAAAAUCACUGCAAACAGGUCCACCAGUUUAGACCUUCUUUGCUUACACAUGCACUGGAGCAGCUACAGGAAACCCCAGCCAGCACUUUGCUACACUUGGUGCUGCAGAGUGUGGUUGGUAGGGGAUAGUUUUUGGUUUGACGUUUGUGACUAGUGUGUGUUUUAUAUAAGGAUGGAGAGCAUUCUGAGUAAAUGAG